UCGGUUUUUCCCUGGGAAGAUGGCGACCGUCACAACAGCCACCUCAGAAUGGAUCCAGUUCUUUAAAGAUGCUGGGAUCCCUCCUGGACUGGCUGUCAACUAUGCCGUCUCAUUUGUUGAUAACAGGAUUCAGAAAAAUAUGCUUAUGGACCUCAGUAAAGAAAUAAUGAUGGACUUAGGAAUCACAGUCAUUGGAGACAUCAUAGCUAUUCUCAAACAUGCAAAGCAUGUGUAUAGACAGGAUCUGUGUAAAAUGACAACUGAGGCCAUUUCGUCUGGACAGACUAGUGUACAGGCUGAACUGAGGCGUGCUGCUAACACUCCUGCCACACGCAUGAUCGCCAAUGCUCUGAGCCGGGACUCUCCACCAAGCACGCCUGCUCGCCGGCCUGACAACCGAAUUUCUGUUACCGUCUCCAAUGCCAGUGCCAAAACCGCACCCAGCAAACCAGCUGAAGAAAAUGGAUUGCAAGUGAAGCGCAGACGAGUCACUAGAGAAAUGGAAGGGAAAUACAUCAUAAACAUGCCAAAAGGUACAACAGCUCGCACUCGACGCAUCCUGGCACAGCAGGAUAAGAAAGCCAAGGUUUUAAAGCGAACUUCAGUUUUUGACAGACUUGGGGCAGAGUCUAAAGCAGACACUAUCUCCAACACUAAGCAGCCAACAGGUGUGUUUAGCCGACUGGGUGAAACUGAGGAUGAUGAAGAGAGCGGAGAAAAGACAGAUGGCGUUACCGACACCUUUGAGGACAAUGACAGUGACGGCGAGGGCUCAGUGCUGCAGUACGCCGGCGUCCUCAAAAGACCCCCUCCAUCCUCUAAAAAAGACACUGUGACCACCAAAUCUAAACCGCUCACUUUGCGGCGACUAGGCGCUAAAUAUAAACUCCCCCCAUCUGAAACCUCAGCACCCAUCUCCUCCUCUACCUCCUCCUCUAACCAGCAGGGGACACCCAAACUUGGCAUCCUGCAGAGACUGGGCAAGGCGCCGUCAGUCAAGCCUACCUCCUCCACCUCUCCAGUCAGUCAGUCCACGGACACCCAGGACAGUCGAGUCACGAGUAGCAGAUGCAAAAGCCAGGGCAGCUUUGCUCUGGCCAGCCCGAAGGUCAGUAGUAGCACAGGCGACACUCAUGGGGCUCAGAUGGACGCUGGGGCAGUCAGUGUGUUCAAAAGACUGGGUGCCCGGAAAAACUGAAAAUGGUUCUUUUUUUUUAUCCAGUUUGCCCCUUUUAUAACCUAAAACUCACCUGAAUUUUUAUUUGAACGAAAAAAAAACGACCUGGAUGAAUGGGUUGUUGAUAUGCUGUACCUCAUGGAGUGUUUUGAUUUUGAAAGUAGGGGACAAACAAAAAAAAGAAGUGCUGCAAUAUCUGUUAACAGUCAGCGUUGACAUACCUGUUGCACUUCUGUUUGGUUAUAGGAAACAUGUUUCAUCCCGGUCUCCUACUUUUAUAGUAACUCUCCUGCGCCCCAGUAAGUGAAAAGUUUUUCCAUAUUAAAGUGGGGUUUGUAGUUAUAUUUUUGAAGCAUGGCGCCCCGCAUCAAAUGCUAUAAAUGCCCCUUUUUUUCUCCCUACUACAUUAGCCAAGAGACGUACGUGAAAGCAUGUGCUACGUUUACCACAAACACCUCGGCUUACAGAAAGUAAGCUUAUGUUUAACCAUCCUCUUACCUCAAUGUUUUGAAAGUGAUAGUUCAACCAUUGAUGUGAUUUCCUCACCCAAUAUGUCAUUCCAAAACACUGACAUACUUUCUUUAGUGGAAUAUAAAAUAGUGAGAUGUUGUUUUUGUUGAUCCAGUGGAAAUCAGUUGGGCACUGAAAUAUCAUAGAGUAUUGCUCAAAAGUUGAACUAAGAUAGACAGGAUAACAGAAAAGGAGCAGCUUGAUCUUUAAUAUGUGCAUACUGGCUUGGUCCAUUGCAAGCUUGCUGAUCCAGGAUGAGAAUAUGCCGCUGUGUCAAACCCAAUGUGGAUAGCUGGGAUAAGUGUACGCUAAUGGCAUCCUUAAACAGACCACAGGAUUCGUUACAGGAUCAAUGAUGCAAAUAUGGAUAAAUAAAAAACAAUAACUCUCAGGUUAAUAUAAAUCUUUAUAUUAAGGGUGCAGUAGGUGAUUCUUUAAAACAUUUUUGCUGUAGCAUCAUUAAUAUAUUCACAUCACAUUGGUUCAUUUUUGAGCAAUGACAACCUGUGACAUGCUCCCUAUAUUGUUUACCAUGUUACUCUAAAUAUUCGGUCUGAAACAGCAUGUAAGUAUGGCUUAGUAAUGAGUGUAAUUCCUGCACCCCGUCGUUAACCAAUAAGCAUACAGUAGUUGCUUUAGGACAGCGUGUGAGAGAGUCAGACCAGCGAUCCUUGCAUGCAUGAAAUAUUCCACAUUAUGACAAGUUUUCUCGCCACACAACUGAAAACGUGCUAGAUAUAAUAGUUUUUCAUUCAGAAUUGUAGUAUUAUAAAGUACUGUAAAGUUUUCUUACUGGCGAAUGACAUGAUCUAGUGGGUUGUCUACUGUCAUCUUUAAGGUGCUCGUUCGUGAUUCAGGAGGCGUGACUUUGGACGGCUGGCUUGGGAGGGACUGUGUUUCAAAGAAAUUAUGCUAACAGAUAGCAUUUUGGCAGAUCACCUGCUGCACCUUUAAAGAAAAACAAAUACUGCCACCAGCACACCCUCCUUUGGCAAUGAAACCACAACAACAAAAAUGACCAAAUUUAUAGUCAGUUUAUUGAAAUGUGCUCUGUUAUUUAAAACCCAAAAAAAGCUUUCCUUGCACCUGUGUUAUUAGUAGAUCACCCAUGGUUGUCAUUAUGGAAAUGAGCUGGUGCAUUUACAUUUUUGAAUUUGUACACCGGCUGUAGAUCUUCUGCAGAACCUUCCAGUCCCAUAUGCGCUUUUAGCGGAUUGUGUUCUCAUGCUCAUGUGCUCUGUUUAGUAAAUCAGGCCCUUAAUGGCUUGAAAUUGCUCUGAUAUGGAUUUCAAUCAAUCCGUGAGCUGCGGUCACACUACAAAACAUACGUUUUGCAUUGAUAAUGUAAUAAAUAUGUGCUUUCUAUGAUCCUUUUGUUCAACACCGCAAAGUCUGUGGUAUUUAUAUAGGAGAUCAACAUAUCCUUAAUGUUUCACAAAUAUGAAUUUACAUGUCAGAGUUGACUAAAACUGCACAUCGGAAAACAGCAAAAUGUGAAAAAUAUUUCUGCUCUCCUGCAUUCGCAUGCUUAUGAGUGGAAUUGAUAAGUGUUGUGUGACCGCUUUUUAUGACCAUAACUGUUACUUAAAAACACAAUCAGCGUGUUAAGGGACACUUGAAAUGCUAUCCAAUAAAAAUGUGUGUAAAAGUACAACCCUUGGCAGGAAGUGUGGAAUCACCACUCUUAGAAGAUGUUCAUUCAAAUUUUUAUUUGUAUAGAAAAAAAACAAGCACAUACAUGCCACAAAACUAUUUUCAGUCAACAAUCCAACCUUCUGGCUGUAUCAAACACUUAAAAAAUAAAAAAAGAAGAACACUAGUCAGUUACAACUGUUUUUACAGAUCAAACAGUGUGGGAACUUGGAAUCACACAAAUCUGAGGAAAAUUAUAUGGAAUCACCACGUACUUUGCAGUUUUAAAACAAACUGUAUGUAAUUUACAACUGCUAAUUAGUCUGCAGUUAAAAAAGAGUGUUUGCACUUGUUAGUGAGGUGUUGAACUAAGCUGAUUGACAUAACUCAUGGCUCCAACACAAGAGAUGUCAGUUGAAACAAAGGAGAGCAUUAUCAAACUUCUCAAAUAAGGUAAAUCUUCACGAAAUGUUGCAAAAGAUGUUGAUCGUUGUCAGUCAGCUGUGUCUAAAAACUGGACCAAGAACAAAUUAAACGGGAAGAUUGUACAAGUGAAGCAUACUGCUAGACCAAUGAAGAUGUCAGAAAACAUAAAGCAGUAUGCCUUCAAAACAAAAAUUGCACAACCAAGCGAAUGAGGAACAAAUAGGCAGAAAGUGGAGUCAAUGUUUUUCACCGGACUGUAAGAAAUCGCUUAAAAGUAAUGGAAUUUACAUACAGAAAAGCCAAUCAAAAACCAUCAUUACCAUGUAAACAGAAAAGAACAAGGUUUCAGUAUGAUAAAGGAAGACAGUCUUGGACUGUGGAUGACUAGAUAUGAGUGAUAUUCAGUGAUAAAUCACGAAACUGCAUUGGGCAGGCUGAUGAUGCUGGAACUUUUGUUUGGUGCCGUUCCAAUGAAAUUUAUAAAGACAACUGCCUGAAGAAAACAUGCAAAUUUCCCCAAUCAUUAAUGAUAUGGGGUUGUAUGCCAGGUAAAGGGAGAGAUGACAGUCAUUACAUCGUCUAUAAAUGAAAAAGUUUAUGUUGAGAUUUGACACUUUUCUUAUUCCAUCAUUUAAAAGGAUGUUUGGUGAUGAUGAGAAAUUUUUUCAGGAUGAUAAAGCAUUAUGCCAUAGGGCAAAAUCUGUAAAGACUUUCCUGCAGGAAAGACAUAUAAUGUUAAAUAUAACAUACUUUUAUAUAACAUAAUAAUGGCAUGGCCUGCAAAUAGUCCAGAUCUCAAUCCAAUUGAAUAUCUGUGGUGGAAAUUAAAGAAAGUGGUCUAUGACAAGGCAAACCUGCAAAGCUGAUCUGGCAUCUGCAAACAGACAAAGUUGGACAGAUUAAUGAAGAAUCCUAUUUGUCAACAGUUAAAUCCAUGUGUCAAAGAAUUCAAGCUCUUAUAAAAGCCAGAGGUGGUGCAACAAAGUACUAGUGGUGUUUUAUUUGGUGAUUUCCAUAUCAUUUUCCUCAAAUUUGUGUGAUUCCAUAUUUUUUCCUCUGUUGGAAAACAGUUGUAAUUGACUGCGGUGUUCUUUUUUGCCAAGUGUUUGAUACAGCCAGAAGGUUGGAUUGUUUAAUGAAAAUAGUUUUGUGGCAUGUACAGUUGAAGUCAGAAUUAUUAGCCCCCCUGUUUAUUUUUCCCCCAAUUUCUGUUUAAUAGAGAAGAUUUUUCAUCACAUUUCUAAACAUAAUAGUUUUAAUAACUCAUUUCUAAUAACUGAUUUAUUUUCUCUUUGCCAUGAUGACAGUAAAUAAUAUUUGACUAGAUAUUUUCAAGACACUUCUAUACAGCCUAAAGUGACAUUUAAAGGCUUAACUAGGUUAAUUAGGCAGGUUAGGGUAAUUAGGCAAGUUAUUGUAUGAUGAUGGUUUGUUCUGUAGACUUAUCGAAAAAAUAUAUAGCUUAAAAGGCUUAAUAAUUUUGACCUUAAAAUGGUUUAUAAAACUGCUUUUAUUCUAGCCGAAAUAAAAAAUAAGACUUUUCUCCAGAAGAAAAAAUAUUGUCAAACAUACCGUGAACAUUUCCUUGCUUUGUUAAACCUCAUUUGGGAUUGAAAAAUUGAAAGGGGGGCUAAUAAUUCUCUUGUCAAUUGUAUGUGCUUGAGGUUUUUUUCCCCCCCUAUACAAUAAACAUUUGAAUGUUCCAAUCUUCCAAGAGCAGUGAUUCCAUACUUUUUGCCAGGGGUUGUAUUACAUGGCCAAGCAGAGCGAAUAUGAUGUUGGUAUUGACAUGCUGUUGCCAAGCAACUCACCUGGAGGUGGACCCCUGUGUAUUGUGUAAGUUUUCACCCCUUUAUACUGUUUACUACAGUAACCAACAGUCAACCUUUUGUAACAGGAAUUUACCUUCACAAUCUGUGUUUUGUCAUGUUUUCUUUUGUUUUUUUAUAAAUAUUUUCAUUUGAAGCAUCUCAGAUGUUGAAUUUUGUUACGUUAUGUUUGAAGAAUAAUAUGAGAGAGAGAGAAAAAAAAACAUUUUAACUGGGUAAGUUUAUAAUAUUGACGAUUAUUUGUCUUUG